UAUUUUAAGUAUUUAAACUUUUUCAAGAAGAUGCUUAGUAACAAUCCUAUGUGGAAAUUCCGCAUUUCCUUAGAAAACCUGCCCAGGCUUAGCAACUUUUAUGGUUAAAAGGCUUUCCUGCUAACCACUGAAAAUUGAAUCUAACUGCAAAUAAAAGCCAUUGCUGCUACAUCUAUCUACUGCAGAUGUAGAGGAAAGGAAUAAACACCUGUUUGCCUCUUCUUCCACAUAUUUGACUACAGUUGUCUUUUUACUCCUUCCCUCUCUCAAGCUUUUCAGUUUUUUCCUAAUCUCUUCUCAUAUAGCCUUAGACUUCCGAUCGUUCUUGUAGCUUGCUUCUAGAUCCAUCUGGCAGUUUGACUUCUUCAAGCAUGGUACUGAAAACUAGAUACAAAUUCAAGCUGAGGCCUUAGCAGUACUAAAUGGAGCAGAAGGGUUAGCUCUUAAUACAAAUGAGUGUUGACUGCAAAAUAUCCUGUUAUGACGUUUAGGUUUUUUUAUGCAACAAUACAAUAUUGUUGACGUGCAUUCAAAGUGUUAUCUGUAAUACCCUUUUAUCACAACUGUAGCUGGGCCAAUUGUUCCUAGUCUUGUAUUUUCUUGCAGCUGAUUGUUCCUGUCUAAGAAUUACAGAGUACCUAACUUCUUGAAUUGCACUAAGCCUUCUUAUAUUGCUUUUGACUUGUGAAGACUAUUUUGAAUUCUAAUCCUAUCUUCCUGUGCCUUUCCAAUAAGGAGGUAGCCACGUUAAUGUGUGUAAGGGUCAGCAUUGCAGGACACAGUUGCUCAUUCCUACACUCGACAGGUUUCACAUGAACUGUUUGCCAGUCAUGACUCUGCAUGUCCUGUACCUAAGCUGAUAAAGCAUCUACGCACUUUAAUGUCAAGUCUACGCCACUCUGCUAAUACAGUGUGAGCUGUGCCUUGAACCUUGGAUAUAAAGACCUACAAACCAAAGUAUAUCUAUUAGUAAUGUUCCAGAGGUUAAAUAACAUGCUCAUGGGAGAGAUUGGUAGCUUGUCCAGCCAGGAGCCUGAGUUCAGUGAGAAAGAAGAUGAUGAAUGGAUUCUAGUUGAUUUUAUAGCAGACACUUGCACUAAUUGCUCCACAGAGGAAGCGGACAUCACCAAAACGUCAGCUGCAGACAGCUCGCCAGUCUUCUCUUGUUUACCAGCUCCCUUGGAACACUUGCCUGAGGCUAACGAGUCCUGUUUCAUCCAGUUUGAUUCAUGCCCAAUGGAGGAGAGCUGGUUUAUUACCCCUCCCCCAUGUUUUACUGCAGGUGGAUUAACCACUAUAAAAGUGGAAACUAGUCCUAUGGAGAACCUCCUGAUAGAGCAUCCCAGCAUGUCAGUGUAUGCUGUCCGUAAUACCUGUCACAGCCUUAAUGAGACUAGCUGUGGAAAUGAGGAGUUUCACAGUCCAGGUAGUCCCAGAAUGGAGGCCCGAAAUGAGUUGGGACAUCAUGUUCACUGCUAUGUUGCAGCUCUUGCUACUCGUUCAAGUUUUCUGGAAAAAAACAAGAGCUUUCGUCCUGCCCACUGGAUAAAAGAACAUAAGGAAAGACACUAUCUCAACAGAAACAGUCUCCGUCGCCAAAAUCUUACCAGGGAUUGCCACUUUCGGCAAAUCAAGCACAAUAGACUGUUUGUUCACCAGCCUUGCCAGCGUCGGUUCAAUUACUGAUGGCUCUCAUGGUUUUAAUCUGUUUUAAUUUUUUUUAAGUUGCUCUUGUUUUCAUGCAUAGAUAAUAAGUGUGGUCAAUCUGAAGGUGAUCAUCAGUUCCUCAAACACAAUCAUAACUAGCGUUACACUUGUUCUAACGACACAUGCAUCUCUAAACAUCUUGCUGUAAGUCCAAAAUGGUGAUGUUAAAUGGUGAUGUUAAAUAUCAUGUCUUGGAAGCCUAUCAGUACAAUAGUUUGUGUGAUGUUUUUAUAAGCUAUGAUGUAUAGAUGGGUUUUUAGGUGGUAUUUUAAAGAAACUUUUAACAGAUGGAAAAAUCAGUUACAUUUUGCAUUAAUCAAAAUGGAGUUAGAAAAUUUGAGGUUAGCUAUAUGCUUUAAUGACCAGUACUUGACAGCUUGUAUAUUUGUAUUCAGCAUAUAUGAUUACACUCUAACAAGAAAAAACUAUAGCUGCCAAUGGAUAUUACAUAGCUAUGCUGAACUGUUACAAGAAGGGCAUCUAAUCUACAUUGCCUAGUACCUGCUUGUGUUGAGUGGAGCCAGUAGGUGUGUUGGAUACUUCAUAUGGGUAUCAGAAAAGGGUUAAAUGUCCCCCGAUAUUUCUGCAGUACAACAUGACACUGGUGUUACAGAUGUAGGACCUCACAGUGGAGUGAAAGGAAAAGUAGACCGAUGGGUUAAGCGUAGACACAUAAUCCAGAGCCAAACUGUAUUUUAACUAGUACAGUUUGAGUUCUCUUUUUUUCUCUCAAAUGCCUCUGUUUUUUUCCCCCCCUCUCCUCUAUCUUUGAGAAAAGGUUUAAAAAACCCAAACAAAAAAAUCUAAUCUCUUUAAUCUCUAGUCCAAUUAAAGAAAAAGGGAUGGAUCAGCUGUUCUUCUAAUCCCAUUGGUAUCUGACCACUCUUUAAAGUUAAGCUGGUGGAUGGCUACUUCUGAGCUGCUAACUGCUGUUAGGUUGUCUCUUAUUUACAGGUUGAGAGUUGCUCAAAAAUCACUAGAAGAAAGACUUUAUCAGAAGUUCUCCUAGUUGUCUCAGCUAGAAUAAUGAAGUCUGAGUUAACAGUUACUGGAAAUAAAGGGCAGUCUGUGACAGGGAAAAGCUUGCUGAAAAACAGCCUUAGAGGACUAAAUGCAGUGACAGCAGGAUAUGUAAAAACCUCAGGUAUAUCAGCAGUGGUUGUUCUCCUAUUCAAUCUCAGGCGUUUUGGGGUGGCAGGGGGGAACUGGAUAUAAAUUCUGUAGGCCAAUAGGAAAGAAGAGCCAUUCAAACUAUCAAAUAUUUUCCUAACACUGUGCAAGAUUAUCCUUGCUUGAAGUAGUCAGGUGCUCAAAAGGUAAAGUUUUAGUGGUUAACAAAGAAUUGCAUAUACUACAAAGCAGCCACAUAAUAUAUCGAACCCUGAUAGAUCAACCUGGGAACUAGAUUAAAUGGUUACAGGAGGAGGAAGCAGAAAGACAGAGAAGAAAGGGAGAAAAUGUUUGCUCCAUUUCCCUUUCUAUCAGCACUUAACAUACAACUUGCUGUUUUCCUGCAUUUAUUUCCUAGAGUGUUAAAGUGUUAACAUUACAUUCAACCAUGUCUUCCAGUAGUUCUUACACAAAAGCUGGUGUAAGGAGUCAGGUGGGAAGCCUUUGAAACUAGGUAAGAUCACUAAUGUGAAUUAUUCUAGACCUAUGAUAUGUUUCUCAGUUUGGCCAAAUGUUUUAAUUUCACUGAAGCAGAAGCCCAGCAAUUUGAAUGUAGUUCAUGUAGUUACUUUUGCGCAUACUGCACCUGGAAUCAUUGUGGUGCAUACCUAGUGUACAGAAAAUAGCACUUACAAUCUUUGCUUCAUUGCAGAUGUGCUGCCUUCCUGGGUUUAGAUAGGAUUGUUGCAAAUGGAUGUUGACAAAUAGUUAAAUGUCUAAGACCAAAUGGUGCUUUCCUGGCUGCAGUAGUCUUUUUUAAGACAUGUUGAAUGCAGAAUCGUAUGUGGACAGUGAAAGAAAAUAAGACUGGUUAUACUGAGUUUCAAAAUGGGGGGGGUUGUUAAUACUCUUGUCAGCAGUGUGUACCUAUGUUCAUAGCAAUUCUUCUGUGGUCGAAAUACUCUGGCAUAUUUAUCUGCAAGUAGCUGUACUUUCACCAGUCCCUCAUCCAUUCACUGACACAAAUACUUUUACUUGCCUCAGAUUAUCUUCCUUUAUCACUCCAACUUUUUGUCCAAUUUAAAUUUCCUUCUCACUGCCAACUUUCUAGCUCAGGAAAAUUCCUUACUUUCCUGUUUUAUUUUUCUUUUAUAUAAAAGUAACUACUUUCCUUCAGCUUUAGUUUUCUUAAAGUUAAAUGAAGGAAGAUGGAAUCUCCACCUCCAUGAGUUGGAAGGAGUAAAUAAUCCUUUAACUUUUAAUGGAGAGAUGGAGUUGAGAGUAUAAGGCUCCCAGGUAUUAGAAUGAGAGUCUUGGUCAGUGUGUGUGUGUUGGUUUUUUUUUUUUUUUUUUUUUUUUUUUUUUUUUUUUUAAGUAGGCAAGUAAAUGCAACUUUAGACUGCUCCUAGAAUUAGGAGAUACUGAUCUUUUUAUACUACAUUACUAGAUAACUUUCUGGUGAUGAAAGCCUAUAUCUUUCAGGAUAUAAACUGUUUUGUUGCACAAAGCUGUGCUUCUCAAUUUGUAAUAUUGGAAACUAUAUUACUGUGUGAGAUAGAGUACUGCAUCAAUGGCUUUUUGUUAAUUUGUUUUGCGUAUUUAUGUUGGUCUAGCCCCAUUUUGUGCCUGGAGCUGUUGGGCAGUAAGAUUUGUUUUGGUUUUCUGUUUUAAUAGUGAGCUGUGUGGCUUUUUAUAUGGUUUUGGAUUGUAUUAAGAUGUUUGGUUUUUUUCCUCUUGUAAAAGUGGAGGCCUUGCAUUGUCUCAGAUGCUGAUUGAUGCUCAUGAAUCUUGCUGAAACUGUAUUUUCAUAUGUAUUGGUCAAUGGACAGAUUUGCAUUUUAAACAAAACUGUGCCUUCUAGGUGUAACUUUACACAGUAAACUUGAAGAUUCAAAAGGGACUUUUCAGUUAGGAUUAAUACUGUACAUUUGGACUAUGCAUAUAUGGCAGCUUCUUUCCAGAGCCACUUCUCUAUUUGUAGCAGUUCUUUUGAUACGGAAGAAUGUCUGGCUCUUACUUUUGAUAGUUUAAUGCAAGCUGAAAAAUGAUGAAAUACAGCACUUUGCCAAAAAGUAGCAUUGCUUAACCAGUGUGUAUUUACUAAAGCGAUCUUCUGUAUUUUGUUUUCAUGGUGCAUCAUGCACACCAUGGGGAAUCAUUAUGAUCUUAACUCUCAAUAAAAAUGGCCUAUUAAAAACUGUGAA